UUCUCUGAUUGGAUUUGAUUACAACACUACUUUUAGCAUUGGAAUGGUCUUUCGGAAAUAUGCUUUAUUGUAUCACCUUUAUAUUUCUUUUACACAAUGUGUUUCCAACAUAUUCAAAAUUACCUGUCAAUAAGAUGGCUUUGAAAUCAUGUAAAUAUGGAGAAACCGUCGAAAAUGCGUGUAACAAGUGUGUGUGUACAAUGCAAGGGGUGUACCAUUGCACGGCCUCAUGUGAGACUCAAGUCACGGAAAUAUUCUCAAAUAAACCAGAAACAUGUCAACCGAACACAGUAUACAUUCUGGGCUUCACCAGCUGUAUAUGCACGACAGAAAGCGUGUGGCCUCAUAAAGCCUGCUACGAUGCCUUCGGUUUGCUUCCUACGAAGUUAGCAAAGAAACCAACAUGUUUGGCCCCGCAAGAAUACGUCAAAGUUGAUUGCAACGUCUGCAGAUGUACUAAUGGGCAAAUAGAUCCAUCCCGAUGCACUCACAAUGAUUGCGGUGAAAAAAAGCCUCGCUCCAGAAAGAACACCGAAGAAAGCAAAGAUUUAUUCGGACAGUGCGCAGUAAAGAACUGGUAUUCAUUGGCUCCAUGCCAAUUCUGUUACUGCGUUGAAACCAACAAGCUUAUGUGCAGUACUAGUGUCAGUCAUCCUAGUAGAUACGGUCAAAUGAAUUUAGGAGCAUCUCCAUUAAUAUUAUGCGGCGCUGGACUUCUACGUGAGAUUGCCGCCAUGGUUCCUAGUCUAAAGUUGAGAAGCUUUCUAUCUGAUGAAGACGAUGCGUCGAACGGCGUGAAUGUUAACAAUGGACAAGAUACGGUGAUGACUAAAGAAUACCUACAGGAGGUUCAGAAGAAAAUAGAUAGAAUUAAAGCAUUAACGGAAAAACAAUCUAGGGUAGAUGAGCUUCCUAAUACCUAUUACGAUGAAAGUGCUAGAUCAGGUGUUAGAGAGAACAAACUUCAUUCAGAUGAGAUACCGUUGGAUGUUGAUUUAGAUAACACUAGACGGAGAUACAGAAAACAAAAUGGAGGACCGGCCUUGAGAUUCAAUUAUGAUCCUAGGGAUGCAGCCAUGGGUCGUCUGCGAUUCAGACGAUCGCUGAGAAUCGUUAAAACCGGGGAGUGUAAAUUGGGGUCUGUUAUUACUCAUAAAUGUAAUUUGUGUCAUUGUUUGAAAAAUGGCAAAAUGCUUUGUACCAAUAAGAAAUGUAAGUAAUUGAAAA